UUUCUGAACUGUCUGGGUCAGACUGUCUGAAACAGACGGACGAGGCCAUCAGCCAGUCUGAGAAGACUUCAUGAGGACACUAACAACGUAUGCUGUGUGUAACUGUAAGAAACGUUCAUCGGCUUCAUAGCUGGAUGAAAAUGGAUAUAAUUUAAACAAAGAUGGAUUCUAAUCAACUUCAAGGCGUGCUGAAAUUGGAAUAAUAAUGAUUUUGUUUAGGCUUGGGUCUAGAGAACGAGCAAUCAUUUCAUCUUCGGCAUAUUUUUCCUGCCAUUUCAGACCACUCUUGUUCUCAAUUUUCAUGCCUGUUAAUUCGUUCCAUGGUCUGUGAUUGCUUUGUUUAGUUAUGUUUAGAAUCAAGAUAGAUCUAGAUUUUGAUCUAGAUUCUAGAUCUGCUCGUAAUUCGUGCAUUGUAUUUUGGUGAGGAAACAACAGAAAAUGUGUGGAUAUAAUUCACAGUUCGGAUCAUCGAAUCUGAUAUUUUUAGCUAUACUACUGAUAGUCUUCGAUCAAGUUACCGCUCAUGAGAGUGUCGCCAAAGAGCCCCUUGUGGGCACUCCCAGCAGCUCAUUGUUCACGGCCACCACCAUCGCGGCAGGUUCAAACCUCAAGGCUUCACCACUCUCCACCAACACGGUAGAGCCCAACGAGUGCGCCCAGUACACGGCGAACGGGUCCAACACGACGGUCACGGUGAUGUGUGACGACUACUGUUUUACCGCCUGGUCGGUGGAUGAUAAGAACAGGAGCAAUGUGGUCAUUUCAAUGCAAGGCUGCUGGCGCAUGUCCGAGGAGUCCAAGUGUCGGCUGAACGUGUGUGUCGCCGAGAACCAGCCCCGCCUCAACACGCUCUUCUGUUGCUGUACCGGUCAUCUCUGCAACGCCAACGUCCAGAGUGCCUACGUCCCCAGCGUUCCUGCACACUCCGUGGACAUUGUCCCAGGAUCACCUCCCCCCACCCCCUCCCUGAAUGUAGGUCCUCAUCAUGACCAGAGCUACAAGAAAAAGACCAUCAUCAUCUCCCUUGUGUCGGUGGUGUCUGUGACUGUGGUGGUGGUCUUCAGCUACCUGCUCUACAGGCUGUACAUCACACCCAAGCCUGUCAGCCCACCACCCUCCACGGUGGUCAAGGUGGACACGGACAGUAAACCUGGUGGACCACAGCUCAGUCUGGAUGACCUGAAGAUAGAAGAGGUGCUAGUCCGAGGUAAAUACAGUGAUGUUAGGAAAGGCUGGCUAGGAAACAAAGAGGUGGCUGUGAAAAUUUAUCAGCCCCAUCAUAGACAGUACUACUUCAAUGAGAGGAAUGCAUUCACACAGCCUUUCAUGGAGCACCCUAACAUUGUCAAGUUCUUUGGGGCCAGGGAGCAGGAGGACCCGGGUACCCACAUGACCCAGUUUGUCAUUGUCACGGAGUACAUGACCCUGGGGUCACUGACCAGUUAUUUAAAGCACAACACUAUUGACUGGUACACGCUGUGUCAUAUGUGUCUGGGGAUAGCCAAGGGCUUGGCUUAUUUACAUACAGACAUACAGAAGGGAGGCUUGUUCAAGCCAGCCAUGGCCCACAGGGAUUUGAACACGCGCAACAUUUUGGUUGGUCCAGAUUUAACCUGUGUUGUUGCUGACCUGGGGUUUGCUGUGGGGAUGAUGGGCUCAAAGAUCAUAAAAAAUGGAGUGGCGGAGAAUGCUGAGCAGGCCUCUUUAGCAGAUGUUGGUACUUUGAGGUACAUGGCACCAGAAGUAUUUGAUGGGGCUGUAAACCUUAGAGACUGUGAAGCAUCCCUGAAACAGAUAGACGUCUACGCUCUCGGCCUGGUUAUGUGGGAGGUGGCCUCUCGGUGUGUCGACCUUUAUCAAGGAGCCCCAGUACCUGAGUAUCAGCUGCCCUAUCAAGCAGAGAAGGGGCCACAUCCAACGUUUGAAGACAUGCAGAUCCUAGUGGUCAAGUACAAAACAAGACCAAAGUUGCCAGAAGUUUGGAAAGAUUCGAACCCUGCUGUUCGCUGUCUGAAAGAAACCAUUGAGGACUGCUGGGACUCUGAUGCUGAAGCUCGCCUGACUGCGCUGUGUGUGCAGGAGAGGGUCUCGGACAUUUCCUCACUCUGGUUCCACGGGACCAAGCACCGGGGCGUCACGCCCACUCUCAACGCCACCAUGAACAUCACUGAAAACUCCAACAUCCACAACUGUGCGACCGUGGUUUCAAAUGGUUCCUCAUACAUACCUUCGUAUGUUGACCGGAACAAUGAAGCCAAUAUUCAGGGAGUGGACAUUGAGAAAACUUCACCGGUGAUUUUGAAUAGCCUGAGGCGUAAAGCUGACGAGGAUUCGGACACAGAUGUUGUGUGUCCCCUGAUGGGCAGCAGUCAGGUGCUGGGCGAGGGCAGCAGCAUGGACCUCAAAGACCAGAGCAUGUCCGAGUCCACGGUUGAUACCAUCCUGCCAACCACCCCUUCCACUGACACCACAGACAGGGCCAACCAAACCCCACUGAAGGCCAAUAACAUCAUGCUGGCCAAAAACAAGGCUGUUAUUCUACACCCUAACCAAGGGAGGAACCCCACUGCGCAGAGGAACACACACAAGCGCAGUGACGAAGAGCUGACAGUUUCUGGGAAUAGGCUUGUUGGACCAGAGGAGCAGAACCAGGGUGGGAAUACAUCAAGUUGUACGAGACGGGUCAGUACACAGAGCGCACCUCCCAACCCAAGCACAGGGGGUAGCUUUGAUGGUUACGACGCGGUUGAAUCAUCAUCGCUGGUCCAGAACGACGCCCUGAGCCACCAGCACAGUCACCCGCGUAACAUGCCCAUUCCUUAUUUACAGAACCAUGUUCACGGGGAGGGCGUGGCAUCUGCGGCCCCAAAUCUGACCCGGCCGAAGUUGGCCAACAUAAGCAACAACAGGAAUUCCUACCUACGACUUCAAGGUGAGGAUGGCAGUCCUCAAGCAGAUCCCAGCCAAAGAGUUGCUGAAAAAGAAAUCCAUUCUAAGUCAUUGAAGCACAAGCUCAGCAAGCUGAUCCGGCCUAUGGACCUGGGGAAUAAGUUUACAAAACUGAUGUUUGGCAAGCACAAGAAGAGUCAGGUGGCCGAGUCAGGGACAAGCGCCCCUGGGCAGUACAUCAACAGCGGCCUCGAGGCAAGCCCCAUCGGAAGAAAUCCACAGAACAGUAACCUAAACCAACCGGUUAUUUUGGCGGUUGAGAUGAUCAACGGGUCACCAGUGUCCAAGGCUUGUAGUGACCCUGAGGGGCAGACUGCCGUGACAAGUGGACUAGCCCAGUCGAGGCUCUCUGCCACCAAUGUCAUGAGGCUUGGCCUACUUGGCAACACGUGCCAUGAAGAGCUGCCAUCACCAUCACUUUUUCCAAAACCUGGCCACACAGCCUCCAAUGACCAGUGCUAUUUCUCCUCUGAACUUGAACAGGAUAAAGCGCUACCCCUACAAAACUUGUCCGCUGGUCGGUCAGCCAAAGAUUACGGAUCCAUUCGCCCUCCUGGUCAGCUUGUAAGCAGCGACCAGGCAGAAACAGUGUGUGUUGAAAGGUCAGUUAAACAAGGGUCAAGCUCAGUCAGCAGCUUUGGCCAGUCCUCAAGCCACAACUCCAACUCUUCUUCAAACUCCAGCGUGGACAUCAAAGAACUAGCACCCAACUUGAGCCUGUCAAAAAUUGCGUUUGCCCCAUUGGACGAUUCAGAAAUGAACGGAGGGGUGCAGUCGCCCCAGAAUAAAACCAUUGCUCCCAUUAAUAAAUCAGUUGCGGCUCACGGUAAGAAAAAUGUUCAUGAGCCUGCUGGUGCUGCUGCUGGUUCAAAUCCUGCUUUUGAAAACUACCACCAGGACACCAAGGGGGGGAACUCUGUCAUGUUAAAUAUCCACAUUAGGGAAAAAAGUCUUUCAAAAGAUUCUAGCCGCGGGUCUCGACAUCUGUCUAGCCAACAAGGGAAGCCAUCAAGGGGUGAAGGUUCAAACAGUGGCACCCGCAAGCUCCCCCAGCCCGCCAAACUAUCUCAGUCCCAGAGUGUCACAGACUUGGGGCGGCAGUCUGACGGCAGCCACAACGCUGGUCAGUCAAAGAGUGUGACAGACCUAGGCUGGCCGGCAGCUGCCUGCAACACUGCCGGUCAAGAUCAGUUUUGGCAAGAAUCCGACAAAAGUUUCAAUAAACAUAGACCUAAAUCUUUGUCCCUCAAGGGGCAUAACUACGGAAGGAGCAGACCAGUCCACUCUACGCCCCACCGGCCAAAGCUGGAUGAAAACGGUACCCUUCCGAUAGUCGUACCCAAUAUAACUCUUGAUAAGAGCUCGCCCAUGUUUCAGCCAACAGCCAGACCAGGUCACGUGGUUGCUCCCUCUGUUGCUGUUAGCUCAUACAGGAGCUCAACGGUCAACUCAGCCAGCACAAACAGUUGUCAAGGUAACAAAGUCAGCACACAAUGCAUGCCCAAUGACUCAGGUGAGAGCGCCAUGGCCAAAGGUGCUGGUCUCAAAGACAGAUCAGAGUCUAGUGAGAAAAUCAGACGCAGAAUCAAAACCCCGGUCUCGUUUAAGAAAGGCCGUCUGUCGCUGUACGACGACCGCCUGAUGACCCAGAGCUUGUGUCCAGUGGAGAACUGUGGUGACCACAUGUCGUCUGGUCAGAUGGGUUGCUCUGAUGGUGAGAUCAAAGGUCACGACUAUCAAAAGAUGAUCAAAAGUGAUUCUGAUCUUGUCCUUUAACCCUUUAAGCGCGCCAAGCCAUGAUCGUGGCUUUGCUGUUACAUAACUUAUAAUGCGUAAGGCCACAUGGCGCAUGCUUUAAGGGUUAAGCCAGCUUUUGACUUGGUCAUUUGACACAUGCCAAAUAGUCAUCCAAAAUGUCAUUUGAAAUGACAUGUUUUUUAUUUUUUGGUGUAAAUGUAUUGAGUCAUUUUGUUUCAGGCAAACAAAACAUUUUUUUGUUGUUGUAUUAAGGCAGAUUGUAAAACACAAACUUGUAGUAGGCAGGUUUUGGCAUUCCUACCCUAACACUGACAUUCAGUAAACAUGGCAAAUUUAAACCCAUCAUUCCAACACCAUUGUGAUGACAAGCAGUAAUGCAGGAAAACACAACCUGAAGAGUAUUAGUGUUACUGUUGAGUUGCUCCCUAUAGGAAUUGAAAUAGCCCGUAUUAUAAUUUACAGAGCUAAUUAAUUUGUACUUAAAAUAUUGCUGUGUCUGAGAUAGUUUUAAGUUUGUUUAACAAAUCAAAAUAAUGUUAAAAUUUUUUAUGUUUUUGAUGUACAAUGCCAGAUUUUGUACAUUUGUCUUUCUUGUAAAUUAUAAAAAAAACAUUUUACUGCUUCUGUAAUCUAAAACUUGUUUUAUUUUUAAGUUCAAACAAAAUCAACAAAACCAAUACAUAUAUGAAUUUACCAGCUUUAAAUACUUGCAUUUUCUUUGCAUAAACUAUUUCUAAUCUAAAUGUAACUGUUAUUUUACUGCACUUUUGGAAUACUUGGUAAUAAUUUUAUUACAUUUUCUAGUUUACUUGUGCUAGAAGAUUAUAAGCUUAUUAUAAAAAGUUGUGUAGUUUUAAUAUUGUUGCUGCAAGGUUCAGAUGGGGUAACUAAGUUGCAGGAAAACUGGCUUUCAUUGGGUUUUUAAUUGUUUGAAGAGGCUGGGGUGGUCCUUCUUGAACAUUGUUAUUUUUAAAAAAAAUGUUUUAUUUAUUGUUUUCAUUGCAUGUUUUUUUUUUAUGCAGUUUACUUAUGACCUAGUAUACUGUUUAUCUCUGUGAUAUGGUUUGUUGGUUUUAAUCCAGCAGCCUUUGAGUUUGCUCCCUUUAUUAUUGCUGCGAUGGGAGUGCCCUCCCCUGAGCACAAAGUGUGUCUGUGAUCCAAAGACUGAGGUGUGUGUGUGUGUGAGAGAGAUGUUUAUCUGUUAUGAUUUGAUGGUUAAAAAGAGAUUGUGGUGUGUGUGUGUUUAUCUUCCAUUUGCAAGCUGUCUCUAGUCCUGGUUUACAUAUUAUUUUAACUGCUUAGUAUUUAGAAUGCUUAUGUACAAUCCACAAAUAUUUUCCAAGGGUAUGUGGAUAAAACAGAGCGUAGUGUAUGUGAAUGUUUGUGAAACAACCAGAUACUCAUCUUAUCAAAACUUGUUUAAAAUGUAUGAUAUCCUUUAACAAUUUGACCAUCUUCUCAGCUGUAAUAAGAGAAUAUAAUAUUAUCUUGAUUUUGUACUGGACCAGCGGCUACAAUUAAGUU